AUGGAAGAGUUGAGCGUCAUGAUGUGGAGAACAAAUCUCGCAGACGGUGUGGCCAUCGGUGACAAACAACCAGUCAAGGGCCCUCCAACAAGGAGGAACAUGCCUCAAGUUGAGUCCCCGCCUCGUGUGCCACCUCAAUUUUCCAUGAUAUGUGAUGAUACAGUGCGACUUAAUGAACUAGCUGCACUGUUCCUCGACUGCAUUAACGAGGACCACCAAUUUACGCAAUAUGAAUCUCCGGAUUUCUUUCUCCAGUUUCCCGAGGAAACCGAUCGUCUCUUCCUUCAUGCAGCUAUGUUAGCGGCUGGAGCAACAUUUGAAAACAAAAAGGACUCUCUCAAUCUUAGUGACCAACUUGCAGAGUUAAGUGAGAGUCUCGUCUUCAAAUGCUUUCGACAGUCUCCCUCAAUAUAUGUGAUCCAAGGAUUGUGUAUCCUGUCAUGGCGCUCCCUCGCCCUAGGCCAUGAUCACUUUGGCUGGACAUUCCUAUCCAUGGCUGCUGGAAUGGCUGUUCACUUGCGGCUCCACGUUCUGGCUCUUGAUGAGUUUGAUACCGCAUCGACUAAGACGGGACUCGUCGACGUGCAGACUUUCUGGUCAUUCUACAUGACCGAUAGAACAUCUAUCUCAAUUCUAGGAAGGAACUGCAUGCUGCCGUGGCGUCGUGUGAAUGUGCCCGCAAUUGAAACCUUUUUCCCAAGCGACGGGACAAGUCUGGCCAAAGUAUCUUUUGCGUGGCAGUGCAAGCUAUGGUACAUGCAUGAUCAGAACAUGGAUCAAAUAUUCUCGUCUGCCUUUGAAACACUGCCCACACCCGAUCAGGUCAGCCUGUUGAUAACAACCCACGAAAACCUCAGCCAGUUUUUCAAGUCUCGAGAUGCAAGACUCACAAUAAACCGAGGCGCAUCCGAAAAGCCCGUUCUUCUCUUCCACAUGGCAUAUCAAAUGGCGAUUCUAGUAACGAUGCCACCGUUUCUCCGCAUCUUCGCAAAAAUGCGGAACGAGAAUCCAAAUACGCCACAGCUCAUGCCCAUUGUAUUGCAAUCCCUCACAGCAGCGGCAACAGCGAUGGUCAGACUCGUCUCAGACUAUUACAAGACAUACGGUUUCCCAAAGUCGUGUCCUGUCCUCAUCCAUCACCUCUUAAGUGCAUCUAUUGUUCAUUUAAUGAACACGACCACAGGAUCCUUCACACUACGGAGGUUCAGUACCCGCUCAGUUCGGAAGUGCCUCGCUCUUUUUGACCAAGUUCAAUCAUAUUGGCCCAAUCGUGCGCAAAAGAGUAUUGAUUUGAUAAAAGUCCUAGCGCGAAGAUGGAAUGUUGACUUUGUCUUGCCGGAGGACAUGAGUUCGACUAAUGGGAUGCCACUUCCUAUUGGUCUACAUGCUCUGACAAAUGAACAAUCUAAUUGGGACUUUCAAGAACCAGGAAUUGGUGGAAAUGCGUAUCCUCACACAGAAGAUACACCGGGGCGGUUCGACUCUAUUCUUGAGAUAGAGAACGAUCGUGUCUGGAAUGACCUCUUAUAUGGCGAAAACAGCCAGGAUGCAUUUCCUAUCAAUACGUCGCUACUUGAUCAUGGAAUUCCGGAUUUACUCCCCAUGUUUCAAGAUUCUGAGCACUUUGGAGGGGAUUCUGUUGAUUUGCCUGCAUAA